GACGUGUAUCAGCGUCAAGAAGCACUCAGAAAGCGGAUAGAGGAACAAAGGGAAGCGUCAUCUAUGAGUGCAGUAGAAGAUGGUUCAUCAUGUCAGGAGUAUUCGUAUUGCUCGUAUGACAAAGUAGAAGGUGCAGGCGGAAACAAGAACAGUUACUGCGAAGUAGAACCUGGGACAGUAACGAACGAGCAUAAACAAGAAGUAAAUGAUGGGAAGAUUACGCCGGUUGAGAACAACGAGACGAAGGUCGAAGAAGACACAACUCUUAAUAAUCAACACGAAGACGAACAAUCAACCUGCACUACUUUCACAACGCACGACAAGGAAGAGGCGCGCAAAAUAGGUAGCAAGCUAGAGGAACGUCGAAAGCGCAAAGAUGUUCUCUAUUUGCCUGGACCCAGUGCCGAUGAAACGGCAGACGCAAUGUUCGGACCCAAUGUGACGUUUGGAGGUCCUGAGACAAAGAAUGAACUUGACGAGGAUCAAGAUACAACUGUAGCGGACGAUCGUGCUGACGAUGCUAGAGACUCUCUUCGGGGUACAACUGCUUCCGCAUUAACAACGACCCUGCCUGAAGACGCUAGUACGGCUUCUCUGAGUCCAACUGAGACUGACCACAUCAGUGCAACAACUACAGCAGGUAGUAGUUCCUCUGAGGAAGAGAAACCAGAUUUUUACCUGGCAGUAACAUCAACAUCUGAAGCUCGUCAAGACCUGGAGGCAGCUCCAUCAACAUCUGAAGUAUUCCUGCAACAGACAGGAUCAGGAGCCGCAUCUUCAUCAUCGGUAGCUGCUACUCCCCAGAGCGAAAAUCGCGAUCUUCAAACACAUACCGAGCAAGACGAUGAAGAGGACCAACUGAGCGAGGAGGACCGCACUUAUUUCCCACUCCUCACUCACGUCGUCGCCGAUAUCGGUCGCGAGUCUGUCCUAGAACGUCUUCUAGUGCUUACCCAACGCGAAGACGCGUUUGACUUUGGUGUAUCGCGUCAACCGGAUGGCUUCGGAGAAACUUUGGAUCGGAUGGACGCCUUUCAAAUAUCGAAAAACAUCUCGAGGAACGCAAAUUUGAACAGUACGGGAGGUGCAUUUGCCGAUGUGGACCCUAUGCUGGGCGCUUUGAUACCAGUUCCGAAGCCAGGGGACUAUCAAGAAGAGGAUGGUCCUAGACCAGAUUUAUGAAGACUAGAAAAAAAAUAAUUACUUUUUAUCCUUAGGCGAACACGAGAACACGAACACUCACCAGUAUCUAUAGGUAUACUUCUUUUUCCGCAUCCACUGUAAAACCUUAUUCUAUCCUUUAUCACUAUGUGAAUUGUUUUGAGUUGUUGUUCACAAAGUUACCACAAAUAGAGCAAACUGCUUUUUUUCGCAUCUAGAAGAUCUAAUACACGAAGUCGACGAUCGGUGGAAAGCCAGAUUGAAAGCGACAUUUAGGGCACUUGCCAAGAAAUGGCAUCCGGACAAAUCCAGGGACACGUGGCUCACCGCAAAGUUUCAGGAAGCUGCUAAAGCCUAUGCUCAGCUAGUCAAAGGUGCUCCAAACGAUGAUGAUGAUAAGCACCCAUUCGAAGACGGAGAAGAUGGAAGUGCUAGAGUUAAGGCUACCGCCAAAACCACCUCGUCAACAUCGAUCUUCAUUCUUAGGACGAGCGGAGCUCUUUCUCUACUUGAAAAAGAAGCGCCAAGGAUAUGAUUCUCAAGGAAGACGCGAAAGCGGUACCUCUGUCUAAGGUACUAGGUGGUAAAGACGACCCUGGCGACCCUGAAGACCAAGUGUUGUUUGUCAACGAUGUCGUGACUGGAGUUUACAACAAUUAUCCUACGUAUUUGCCCAGUCCAGAUAUUGGCAUUUUCAGCUACCAAGACUGCGAAAAUUCCACUUGUCGACGGUUCAUCCGGUUUCACCUGCAGCUGAAGUUAUGGCUUCGUCGCGAGUUGUAACUUUUCGAAAAUAUGGUUCUCUUACGCUUCUUGAUUCGGUCGAAGAGUGCUUUUUCUAAAAAAUAUUUCAAAAAUUGUAUGUAGCAUGCAAAGAAGAUUUUUGAACCCCUAAGGCUUCAAAGGAAAGGCUGUAUCUUCGGACUCUAAUCUCCUACGUCGUCCUGAUCAUUGAUGGUGACAUCUCGCAUAUGAAGAAGCCCUUGUUUCACUUCGCGCGAUUGAACUACGUAAUCGACCACAUCCAGCCGAUCGACACCUGUCCGCAUAGAAACCGACUGUGUGCGAUUUUUCAGUUGAGGUUGGUGGAGACGCGUAAAAAACGUUUAGCGCAAGAACGACACAUGGCAUUGAUCGAAGGAGGAAACACAACGGAACGCCGGUUGUUAGACGCAAAGGAACGACUCAUGCAGAUCUCUGGAUCAGGGGAUGCACAACUAGGAUUGCCUCCAGGAAAGUCCAAUAAAAGGCUGCUCAGCGGAGCAGGAGAACACCAGCAGCAGCUUUUGGGUCGUGGCAGUGCUGAAUCGUCGGUUUCAGGUGUGCCAUUGCUGCCAGAAGGACAACGAGGUGUGCGUAGAUUGAUCUUGGAAACGGCGGGCGCCGUAACAGCUGUCGCGCCAGAUACGUUGGCGGAACGCGUUGAAAACGAAAGUGUGUAUCGAUAUGGGCCGCCGAAACUGGAUGAGAGUGGAGAGGAAAGCGAUAAAAGUAAGGUUACGGACGACCCUUCAGCAUCGUCGUCUAGUGCACAACGAGCGCAACAAGCAAAAAUUGCUUUAGGAGGCAGUAUCAAGAGCAUCACUAGUGGCAGUGCGCCAGUGCUGAAGCUGACAUCUAGCGAGGAUAGUACAGCCGGUACAGCAGCACCUCGUCCUUCUUCAAGAACAUCCACAUCUUCGCAAAGCAGGACUAGUCCUCAGCUUUUCAACGUUUUAGGGGGAGUUGGGAACGACAAGCGUGGUGGCAAUAUAUCUAGUGGCAAGGAGCACAGCAAUGGAGCUACUCCGUCUAGUAUGAGGAGCAGGAAUUCGAAUACCAGAGAUUCAUCUUUUUCUGGCAACGUUCGCGCAUCUACGAAGAAACAUAGCGACAACAACACCAGCUCGGCUGCGGACUUCCUUGAGAACGAUGAAGUGGCGCGAAAACUAGUGAAAGUCCUCCAGGGGCAAGUGCUUAAGCGCAAGGAUCUGGCGACGCUAGCCGAUCGCGCAAGGGGGAAGUGCACUAAAGUAGACGCACCAUCGAACAAAAAGAAGAGAAGGGUUUGGAUCAAUAAAUGAUCUAGAUGUUUUGCCAUGUUGUACUUUUUGUGACAAAGAUAAAGAACAUCAAAAUGAACAUG